GCUCGCUUCGUGUAACGAGCACAUUCAAUUAACAAACUCAGCUCCGAUAGGAAUGCGAAUUCUUCGGUGAUAAUCGCAAAUAAUCAAACAAUUCAGUAGGUAAUGUGCGGAUGCGCGAGCGCACGACACAGUGAGUUACGCUAUCAGGGUCGGCGUGCCACAGACGAAGUACAUCGUGUGAUAGUGUUGUACAGAGGCGCUGGGCUGCCACCGGCGAUCCGGACACUCAGUCGCAACCAUGUUGACAAAGUGCGCCGUCGUAGUCCUCGCGCUGACGCUCGUAGCUGCCGCCGUCUCGGCUAACUCCGAGCUAGACCUCAACAACACUAUACCGGCGGAGCGAUACUUCAUUGACAAGAUAUUCAACAAGUACGGAGACAAAGGCAUCAUUACGUUUGAGGGAUUCGAACACUUGUUAGCAAGCUUGGGCCUUGGCGGACGCGUGUUCAACUCACCUCAUGAUCUGGCCCUGCAUCGCAUCAAUGGAACCUUUAGGCCACUUCACGACACCUUGCACAGACAUCGACGCUCUCCACCAGAAAUUAGCUCUACAACCAUACUACAGAAAUCAUGCCUUUCACCGAGAGAAAUAUUGGAAGUGUACGGAAUGGAAAACGAGCCCGGGGUGAUUACCAUAAGACCGAAAACAUUUUUGGAGAUGUGUCCUGCACUUGUUUAUCAAUUGGAUCAACGUUCGUGUUACAAAACUGAAGUAUCUGCACCUAAAUUAGAUAAAAUUUGGACCUGGAUUUACGCCACCUUAGCAAUUUUAGUGAUUAGUGCCACGGGACUCCUGGGUGUAGCAAUUGUCCCGCUACUAAAGUCAAAAAUAUUUAGCCACAUAUUGCAUUUUCUGGUAGCUGUAGCCGUCGGAACACUUUGUGGCGACGCACUGCUACAUCUUCUACCACAUGCGCUGAAAUCUCAUGGUCCACCUUCAGAACCGCAAGACGAAACAGAAGUGGUGCUUAAAUGUAGCGUCACUUUUAUCACAAUUCUUUUCUUUUACACUGUUGAAGCGAUCAUGCAAACUAUCAAUGGAGGUCAUGCUCACUCACACGACCAAAAUAAAGGUAUUGAAGAAAUCAAAACAGACUCGACGAAACAAAUUGAGCCUAUAGAAUUAGGUGCUAUGAUGCCUGGGUCGCCUCCGCCGCCAAUUGAACGACCAAUGUCGUCCACUGCUUUAAUGGUAAUCGUUGGUGAUGGAUUACAUAAUCUGACUGAUGGUUUGGCAAUAGGAGCUGCGUUCAGUGGCGAUCCGGUCACAGGAUUUGCUACAGCUUUAGCAGUUUUCUGCCACGAGCUGCCACAUGAACUGGGAGACUUCGCGGUACUACUCCGAUCUGGUAUGAGCAUCAAGCGUGCUCUGUAUUACAACUUACUAUCUUCUGUGCUCAGCUUCAUGGGAAUGGCAGGCGGCAUCUGGCUCGCUGAAGACCACGAAUCGGCGUCACAGUGGAUAUACGCGGCGACCGCUGGAACUUUCUUUUACAUCGCACUCGCCGAUUUAGUUCCAGAAAUAAAUGAAAAUAAUAAAGGCAAAAGUGUUAACUUAUUACUUGCCGUAAUGGGUUUUCUAGCAGGCGGUGUGAUUAUGUUGCUCAUUGCGUUACACGAAGACUCUAUACAAUAUCUGUUUAGAAAUGAAGAGAAAUAAAUUUUAAAUAAUUAGCUUAUUCUACCAUAGCGAAGUAAGAAUGUGCAUGCCACUUUAAGGUUGUGACAAGAUUUUGACUUAUGUCUUAAGAGAUGUGGCAGAUUUUGUAAAUAAAAUGUUUUAAUUUUAAUUCCUGUACAAGUCAUGAAUGUUUAUUGUGAUAUUUAACUGACGAUUGUUAUGUGUGUUGAUGUCUGUAUUUAUAUGAGCUAGAUAAGUAAGGUAGGAAUAAUAUUUUACAGAAGAAACAAGUUGUUGUUUCACUGAAAAAUUUAAUACGAUAUUUGUUAUAGGUACAUAUGUCGAAGCUUAUUAAUAAGAUGAGAAAUUAAAUACGUAAUAGCAUUAAUAUUGUUCCAAGCUGAAGUUUUGAUUAUGUAAUGUAUUUUUUUUUCAUAUUUGUGCACAAGACAAAUAUAAACUAAACUUAAUUAAAAAUAUAU